AUGUCGAUCCCGGUGGCAGACGGUGGCGUUAAAGGGAGGAGGAAGAAGGCGUCAAACUCCAGAGGACAUCCCAGAUUCGUAGGAGUCCGACAGCGGCCGUCCGGGAGAUGGGUGGCGGAGAUCAAGGACUCCUUGCAAAAAGUUCGACUGUGGCUUGGGACUUUCGACACGGCAGACGAUGCUGCCCGGGCUUACGACGACGCCGCUCGGUCGUUGCGUGGAGCUAAUGCUCGUACCAAUUUUGAACCACCAGACGCCGUGAGAUGUUCGCCGGAAAACUCGGAGCCGUUCUGUUUCGAAGAAGCAUGCCGGUCGGAGGAUGCCGAGAAUGGGCUGGUAGGAGCUCUGAGAGCGAAACUAUUUCUAGGGAGCAGCUCAAAGCACGCGGCAGCGAAGGGGAAAUCUCUAGGUUUUCCGGCGUCUCAACACCACCCCGUCGGUGUAAAGAGGAAAACACCGUCCACCGCCGUACCCCCAAGUGUUAUUACGAAUUUACCCCUGGUGAAUCAUGAUCUUAUACGAGUCGCAAGUCCUAUCAAUUUGGAUGAGGGGCAAUGGCGCAACACCUGCUACGAGCCUCAACCAUGGUCGGCAACCACCGCAUCAUCGUCUGCUGCGAAGAACCAAGUCAUUGACGUUCUGAGCAGUCUCUUGGACACCAGUUUAAUGGACUCUUUGUGGCCGCUUACUAACGAAGCAAUCGAAGCGACGGUGGUCAAGACGGCAACGGGGAUUUGGCAGGAACAACAGGUGUUGCAUUGUGACAACAGUUGGGGUGGUAGCGGUAGCGGAGGAGGAGAUCAAGCUCUCAAUGGAGCUCCCAAUGCUUCAAGCUGGGAUCCAUUCAUCUACCUGAACUCCGUUUUAGGUUGA